GCAUUGUUUGCAAAGAUUAGCAAUUGUAUCUCUUCUGUCAGCAUGUUUGCUGAAGUCCUGGUGUAGCAGGGAGAGUGCUUUCAGACAGAGGGUACCAGACAGAAAACUGGAAGCAGUUUGUGUAUUUUUUUUGAAGUCAAGGCAGAGCUUGAAUUAAGGAACCCAUUGCGAUCAGAGGCAACACGCCCAGGGAGCAAUGGAGAAACAUCUAUCUGACCUUGCAACACCUUCAGCAGGUGCCAGAGAUUACAGCAUUCCCACCCUUUAUGUUGAAAACGUGUCCACGAAUAGCACUUUGGAACCGUCAAUUAAUGGCAGCGGAGGGGCCAUACUCAUCCCUGCCAUAUAUUUCACCGUGUGUGCCAUCGGACUCAGCGGCAACACACUGGUCAUCCACGUCAUCCUCUGUUACGCCAAGAUGGAAUCUGUCACCAAUCUGUACAUCCUGAACCUCGCCAUAGCAGAUGAACUUUUCAUGGUUGGCCUGCCCUUCCUCGCCAUUCAGAAUGCCUUGUCCUACUGGCCAUUUGGCUCGCUUGUGUGCCGGUUGGUGAUGACGGUGGAUGGCAUCAACCAGUUCACCAGUAUCUUCUGUCUCACCGUCAUGAGCAUCGACAGGUACUUGGCAGUGGUCCACCCUGUGAAGUCCAUCAAGUGGCGCAAGCCCCAUGUGGCCAAAGUCAUCAAUGCCAUGGUCUGGGCCAUCUCCUUCGUGGUGGUCCUCCCUGUUGUCAUCUUCUCAGAUGUGAAGACAGGCAUGCACACUUGCAACAUCAACUGGCCGGAGCCUAUUAUCGUCUGGUCUACUGCCUUCAUCAUUUACACGGCCACCUUGGGCUUCUUCGGUCCUCUGCUGGUCAUCUGUCUCUGCUACCUUCUCAUCGUCAUCAAGUUGCGGUCCUCGGGCAAGAAGGUGAGGGCCACCUCAACUAAGAGGAAGAAAUCUGAGCGUCGGGUGACCUGGAUGGUGGUCAUCGUGGUGGCGGUGUUCGUCUUCUGCUGGUUACCGUUCUACGUGAUGAACAUCGUCAACCUGGUGUCCAGCAUGCCCUCAGAGCCUGCCUUGGUGGGCCUCUACUUCUUCGUGGUGGUGCUUUCUUAUGCCAACAGCUGUGCCAACCCCAUCAUCUACGGCUUCCUGUCGGACAACUUCAAGCAAGGCUUCCGCAAGAUCCUGUGCCGCUCCAGCCGCAGGGUAGACGUCAACAAUCCGGGCAGCCGGGGGACGGGCAGCACCUACACGGAGAUGCAGCAUAUCAACAACAUCGCCCAGAAUGCCCCAGCCUGGGAAAACCUGCUGGGCGAGAGCUCGGAGCAGAAAGUGCCCAACGAGGUUUUACCCAACGCAACCAAAAACGGGACUCUGGAGAUCAGCGACUUGUGAACCACUGCUAACCGUCUUCACCACCCGCUGUUGCUUUUUUUCCUUUCUGUUGUCGAAUAACUCUGAAUGUAUCAAACCUUCUCUACCAGUUGCUCUGGAAGGGAAACCCAUACUGCCCAACAUGGAGUUGAGGAGGAUAUACUUGGAGAGACUUCCUCGGCUCAUUUCUCAUUCCAAAGUGUUGAGGUUCGGGCAGUGGCAUCAUUGGCCUCAGUGGCCCCGAGGUUAGGGAAUGCCUUGGCGGCCAAAAGUUUGUCGUAGCUUAAAGGCCAAGAUCUUGUCUCUUGGCACAAGCUCGAGUGGCUAUCAAGAAGAUGGACGGGUAGCCAAUGGGCAGGCCUUAGCCCAGUCCCGGGCAGACUCUCAUUGGAGGACAGUUCCACAAUCAUGGAGCUGCCGUUGGAAGCAGUCAAGUCCAAGUCUUCGGGAUGGUGAGGGAGGUGGGGAGUGAUUAGAGGGAGGAGACGAGGGGAGAAUUUGUGAGCACACACAAGCCCCUUGGUGCUACAAGCCCCUGGGAGGGGGAGUGGGAAACGAGGUAGAGUUGUGUGGAGGGAGAGGUGGCAAUGAUCCACAGCGCAUUUAAAUUCCUUCGAAAUACAUUUUACGAGUUUUGUUACCCGGUGAUGUCUGCAAUACUGUUUGUAGAUUAGGAUUUGAAGAACUGAAUCACUGUAUGUAUGUGUGUGUGUGUGUAGUGUAUCACAGUAUUUGUACUGCAC